AUGGCCGUCAACGCAUUACCCACGCCGCCGCCACCACCCACCUCUAAAGCCCAACACACACACACGCAGGCAUUACCCACGCCGCCACCACCAACCUCUAAAGCCCAACACGCACCCAGACAGGCAUUACCCACACCGCCACCACCAACCUCUAAAGCCCAACACGCACCCAGACAGGCAUUACCCACACCGCCGCCACCACCACCAACCUCAAAAGCCCAACACACUCACAGGCAGGCAUUACCCACACCGCCGCCACCACCACCAACCUCAAAAGCCCAACACACUCACAGGCAGGCAUUACCCACACCGCCGCCACCACCACCAACCUCAAAAGCCCAACACACUCACAGGCAGGCAUUACCCACACCGCCGCCACCACCACCAACCUCAAAAGCCCAACACACUCACAGGCAGGCAUUACCCACACCGCCGCCACCACCACCACCAACCUCAAAAGCCCAACACACUCACAGGCAGGCAUUACCCACACCGCCGCCACCACCACCAACCUCAAAAGCCCAACACACUCAGAGGCAGGCAUUACCCACACCGCCGCCACCACCACCAACCUCAAAAGCCCAACACACUCACAGGCAACCAUUGCCCACGCCACCACCACCAACCUCAAAAGCCCAACACACUCACAGGCAACCAUUGCCCACGCCACCACCACCAACCUCAAAAGCCCAACACACUCACAGGCAACCAUUGCCCACGCCACCACCACCAACCUCAAAAGCCCAACACACUCACAGGCAACCAUUGCCCACGCCACCACCACCAACCUCAAAAGCCCAACACACUCACAGGCAACCAUUGCCCACGCCACCACCACCAACCUCAAAAGCCCAACACACUCACAGGCAACCAUUGCCCACGCCACCACCACCAACCUCAAAAGCCCAACACACUCACAGGCAACCAUUGCCCACGCCACCACCACCAACCUCAAAAGCCCAACACACUCACAGGCAACCAUUGCCCACGCCACCACCACCAACCUCAAAAGCCCAACACACUCACAGGCAACCAUUGCCCACGCCACCACCACCAACCUCAAAAGCCCAACACACUCACAGGCAACCAUUGCCCACGCCACCACCACCAACCUCAAAAGCCCAACACACUCACAGGCAGGCAUUGCCCACGCCACCACCACCAACCUCAAAAGCCCAACACACUCACAGGCAGGCAUUGCCCACGCCACCACCACCAACCUCAAAAGCCCAACACACUCACAGGCAGGCAUUGCCCACGCCACCACCACCAACCUCAAAAGCCCAACACACUCACAGGCAGGCAUUGCCCACGCCACCACCAACCUCAAAAGCCCAACACACUCACAGGCAGGCAUUGCCCACGCCACCACCAACCUCAAAAGCCCAACACACUCACAGGCAGGCAUUGCCCACGCCACCACCAACCUCAAAAGCCCAACACACUCACAGGCAGGCAUUGCCCACGCCACCACCAACCUCAAAAGCCCAACACACUCCCAGGCAGGCAUUGCCCACGCCACCACCCACCUCAAGUGUACAACUCGCACACAGGCAUUGCCCACGCCAUCAUCACGAACCUCAAUAG